AUGCGUUCAUGUUGGAAUAAUACGGAAUUCGAGAGGGCCUUCCAACAAUAUUUACAAAAUUCGACAUGCUACCAGAAAUCGCUGGAGUUUAUUGUGCCUCCUUCACCCGAGGCACCAACUCAAACGCCGUUGACCCCAUUUAUGCUUCAAUGUUCUGCACAUCCGGAAAUUCGUGAACUAGCGGAAUAUAUGCAACGGUUGAUCUAUGUUGAUUUGCCUCGGGAAGUGGGGUGUUACACAAAACCGCAAAAUGCUGGUGGGAUCCCGGAUUGGAUCAACAUUAUCAUCACCAUGGUAUUUUUCUUGAUUGGUGUGAUUGGGAUUGUCGGGAAUUCGUUAACUUGCUGGGUCAUUUACAAAAAUCGCAAUCUUCAAACGCAUACCAACUACUUUUUGGCUUCAUUGGCAAUGUCGGAUUUUAUGCUGAUAUUGGUUGGAGUGCCGUUUGAUAUAAUUCAUAGCUGGUUUCCCAGUCAGCCUCCAGAUAUUCCCGGAUAUUGCGAAUUUACGAGCACAACCAUCUCAUUUUUCACCUUUGUCUCUAUCUUGACCAUUGUGGCGCUUACGGGUGAACGCUACGCGGCUAUUUGCAAGCCUUUCAGUAUUCUUAAAUUCAACAAACAACGGGUUCGACGCGUCAUUUAUGCCAUAUGGAUUUGCGCAUUUAUUCCAUCGGUCUAUUUGGGAAUGCAGUAUAAGCAAGUAAUGGAAGAUUUCUGUGGUUACAACCGGGCAUUAGGGGUUGGAAUCGGGCACUGUGACUAUGUGACAUCACCUGAUAUGAUCUUUAGAUAUCCGUUUGAGUUGGCCAUGAUCCUAACAUUUGUCCUUCCGAUGAUGUUCAUAUUUUUCUGCUACGUCCGGAUACUCCAUACGCUAAAUCGGAGUUAUAUGGCUCGGCACCCUACUGUGCAUAUUCCACUUGGUCCGGCGGGGACGGAAAAUGGGAAUCAAGUUCAUAGAAGCAGCAUACGUGAGAGUAUUAGGGAAAAAUUCUCCGGAAAAGACCGAAGUAAUCGGGAUUCUGUGAAUCAAGUGGUGCUCCAUGUCCACCAUAAAAAUAGUAUUCAAGUCAGCCAGCAAGCACAUCGGAUGGUCAUCAAAAUGCUUGCUACCGUGUCCGUGACAUUCUUUAUUUGCUACCUCCCCUAUCAUCUCGAGCGGCUUAUCGCCCAAUAUAUCAAAGAGCAAUGCAAAUCAAGCAUGCUUUGCCUGCUACUUUACCCGAUUACAGGCGUGCUUCAGUACGUCUCCGCAACGCUAAACCCAAUUUUCUACAGCGUCAUGUCCGAGCGAUUCCGCGUGGCUUUCAAAUCCACGUUCAACAAAAUCCUCCGGAAACACAAAGAAUACAAUAACAUUGGCAGCAUGACGCAGCGUAGGCCGAUGCUUGUUGUGGAACGUCGUGGAACCCGUUGUACCGAAGUGUUGUCAACAGAGACGCCGGCUUUG